GAGCUGCUGUGAAUCCGAAUGUGACGUGUAGAGAAACAGACCGUGCUCCCUACUGCACAUAAACACACUUUCACCGGACACAGAGGACACAUACUGAGAAAAUAUUGGAAGAAAACAGAAGAAAGAGGGAUUUUAAAUCAUCUGAACAUCCUUCUGUGUGGACUGGCGUUCAGGAGUUUGGUGUUUAACGGCUGUUCAGUUCUGUGCUAAAGGGCUAGCUGCUGUGUCUGCUAGUUAAACUCUUAAAAUAAGUUUACUUUUAACACUUUAAUUGUUUUUGAGUUAUUUAGACAUGGGUCUGACCAUUUCAAGCAUAUUUUCACGUCUCUUUGGGAAAAAGCAGAUGCGAAUUCUCAUGGUUGGUCUGGAUGCAGCUGGGAAAACCACAAUCCUGUACAAACUCAAACUGGGAGAAAUAGUCACAACAAUUCCAACUAUAGGUUUUAACGUUGAGACGGUCGAGUACAAGAACAUUUGCUUCACCGUGUGGGAUGUGGGUGGUCAGGAUAAGAUCAGGCCACUCUGGAGACACUACUUCCAGAAUACGCAGGGUCUGAUCUUCGUUGUGGACAGUAACGAUCGUGAGCGAGCGCAGGAAUCUGCUGAAGAGCUUCAGAAGAUGCUUCAGGAAGAUGAGUUGAAGGACGCAGUUCUGCUGGUGUUCGCAAACAAACAGGACCUUCCGAACGCGAUGCCCAUCAGUGAGAUGACAGACAAACUAGGCUUGCAAACACUUAGGAGCCGAACCUGGUAUGUCCAGGCGACCUGCGCGACUCAAGGGACAGGUUUAUACGAGGGAUUAGACUGGCUUUCUGAGCAGCUCUCCAAACACUAAACUCCACAACAAGGAUGCAUAUUUUUUCAAAGGACAUGAUUUGAUGAGAUGAAGCUGUUUGUGUAUCAGUUUCAGUUGAUUGUUACCAAAAAUUAACCUGCUGGCAGCGCUCCUUUUUAAUUCUUUGCACCUUUGCUUGAUUUACAUUCUUUUCUCCCAGAUUCAUUCCACUAUAUGUAUGCAUGACAUAUACAGUAUUAACUCUGACCAUUCAGUACAUCCUGAUGCCGUACAUGCAAAGAAACUUUCUCUUAAAAGCCAAUUUAAAGAUAACAGACAUACAGAAUAGUCAGAGCAACAGGUUGUAGCGAUGCAUUCUUCUAAUCCAGCUAAUUAGCGUAACAGAUUAGAUGGGAACCCGUCUCAUAUUACUGAUUAAAUAAGCAGCUUUUAUAUGUUAUCACAAUUGCCUUAAACAAGCAGUGCUUUACCAUGUGAAUGCAAUUUCCAUGUUUGCUUUAUAUCAGCAUUUGGGACAUAUUGGGAAUUUUAAAAGAAACGUGAAUUGUCUUUUAUUCGCAAUUGUGAAAAUCAAACUAAUUUGAGAUAGAACAUUCCCGUUCUUAAAAUGUACAAAACUAUUACUAAUAAAGGUCUGAAAUUAACUUUAAAUAUCGUGACAUGUUAAGUUAACUAGUGCGUUUACAUGCACACAGUACAAAAAUAUAUUGUUAUUCCAAAAACACAAGUAAACAGCAUUUAUAAGAUGUGAAAUAAUCUGAUUAUUCUCUGCUUUUGAUGUAAAAACAUAAACAGUCAUGCACACAUUAAAUAAGCCCGCCACAUCAAUUCAUCUUUAAAUUUAGGACGGGUGGCAACCCAAAUCCCCAAUAACUCCCCGUGUUUACAAGACCACAUUUAUUUUGGCUUUAGUGUAAUCGUUAAAAGAUCAUGCAUGUUAACACACUUUAUGUUGUGUCCCCUGUUAUUGUUAAGGAAAACAUUUAUUGUCAUUAUUUGGGUCAUUCCUGCUAUGCAGUUGUACAUUUUUAUGUCCCCAGCUUAUGUCUUAAUAUAUUGAAUAAAAUAUUAAAUGCACAA